CAGUCGGUCGGAGUCCGGCGCUUGGAGGGAGCCCUUAGUGCCUCGUUUAGAAGAAGCCUCAGAGAGAGCGGGGACCUCUUCCAUCCCGCCUCGCCCUCAUAAUCAUGUCGGAGACGGCGCCCGAAGCCCCCGCUGCAGCCCCCGCGGCCACGGCCUCCUCCCCGGCGGCCUCCCCUCCGUCCAAGGCUCCGGCCAAGAAGGCGGCGGCGGGGGCGGCUCGGUCCCCGAAGAAGGCCCCUCGGAAGGCGAGGGCGGCGAAGGCAGCGAAGGCAGCAGGGUCGGGGGGGCCGAGCGUGACGGAGCUGCUGACGAAGGCGGUGUCGGCCUCGAAGGAGCGCCAGGGGGUCUCUCUGGCCGCCCUGAAGAAGGCGCUGGCGGCCGCCGGGUACGACGUGGAGAAGAACAAGAGCCGCAUCAAACUGGGCCUCAAGAGCCUGGUGGGCAAAGGCACGCUGCUCCAGACCAAGGGCUCCGGCGCCUCGGGCUCCUUCAAGCUCAACAAGAAGCGCCAGGCGCCCCAGGGCAAGCCGCCCAGGGCCCCAGCGGCCAAGAAGGCGGCCAGGGCCAAGGCUCCGGCCACGGUCAAGAAAGGCCCCAAGAAGCCGGCGGCGGUCAAGAAGGCCUCUGCGGGAGCCAAGAAGAAGCCCCCGCCCAAGAAGAGCCCCAAGAAGGCGGCGACGGGGGCCAAGAGGAGCCCCAAGAAGGCCAAGGCAGCGCCCAGGAAGGCGGCCAAGAGCCCCGCCAAGGCCAAGGCGGUCAAGGCUAAGGCCAAGAAGACCAAGCCCCCCCGGAAGAAGUGAGCCUCCGUCCCCCGGACUCAGGGAGCCCUCCUUCACCCCAAAGGCUCUUUUCAGAGCCACCCACAACAUCCG